UGUAAUGACAACAUUUUCUUUCAGAUGAAUUCAAGUAUCAAAAUAUCAGAGCUAAGUGGAAGAGAUCAAGUGGAGGAAGAAGACGAAGAGCAGCAGGGGAACACGCACCAAAAUGCAUAUACAGAUCUUAUGAAUAUGGCUCCCCUAAAUACUGCUAUGACUGAGCUCCUAGGACGAGGGGAGCUUCCAGUAGGGGCAAUUACGUCGGCACAUGUGGGAUCCACGGAAGAAGUUUUAGGGCUUCCCUAUAUGGAGUCAUGUGUCACACUGCCAGAAUUAGGAGGGACAGACCAUGUUGAGGUGGAGAUGAUUGAGGCAGAACCUGGUGACAAUGACGAAAAUGAAUAUGAAGACGGGCAGCAAAAUGAAUACACAAAGCUGUUGAAUAUGGAGCCAAUGAGUGCUUCUAUGUCUGAGUUUCUGGAGCAUGCUCAGCUAGGCGAAAGAUCCUCAACAGCUUCGACAUCAGCUAUUUCUGAUGAAGCGGGAAGUAUUAGGCUGACACAUAGCUUACAUCCACACAUCAUGUGA